GUAACGAUUUCGCCUCUGCUUCCUUUCCUUUCCUUCCUUCCUUCGCUCGCUCUCUCGCUCGAUAGAUCGUAGAAUUCGGGCUUGUUUUCGACGCGAAUUUAGAGCCAAGGGCGGAGGAGUGUGAUUUCGUCGAUGUACGAAAUCGCUUCUUGUUCGACGUCAUCACCUUCGGAAUAUAUUAUCCAUCAUCCUCCCUUAGCAUCAUCCCGUUUUGUCAAGGAUAUGUCGGUCAAUUCCCCGUUUUAGUGCAGUUAGAUUCGGUUUCUUGUUUGCCGGAACUCACAAGCUGACAGUCAGUCUUAUUUUUAAUUUUUAAUUUUUUUCCAUCGUCGAGGAGGACUCACAAGGUGUUCCUGAUAGGGCUGGAAGUUAAAUCAUCAUCAAGAAGCACAUCCACACGGAAUUCAGCGCUAGACUUAUUCUGUAUUGGCUUGUGUUUUUACCAUCGAUCGGAUACAGUGUAGCCUGAAGAUUCAAGCAUAACGGGAGUUUAUCAUCAUGGUUGGAGCAAAAUAUAAUAUGGAUCUGAGCAGCAGUGGAGCAGCAAAGUUCAGGGGAUGUGUGAAAGAAAAACUAUCUGAAUACAUUGGGAACUACACAGAUGAUGUGCUUGUGGAGUAUGUGGUUGUGCUUGUUGGACAUGGAAAGGAGAAAUCACAGGCCGUAAACGAUCUUGAAGCUUUUUUAGGCGGUGACAGCGAGUCAUUUGUGUCUUGGCUUUGGGACCACAUGGCUACUAACAAACAGUUUUACUUUAAGACGGAAGAUGACAGGCCUUCUGAUACGGGGUUGAUAGAUGAAAAUACCCAGGAUCAGCAGGGCGAACCUAGUCUGCGAUCAGUUGUGGCUGUGGAAGGCGAUGAUGAGGAGACCACACAAAUGGAGUUUGAGGAGCCGUCUGAAGGACACGAAACUGGUGGAGUUUUAAGACCAGAUGACAUGAAUACAGGCACUGAAGUGGAAAACUCGUUAAAGAGAAGUCGUCGUUGGGAUGGUUCACGUCGUAAUCUAGCCAAGCGAUCACGGUCACCUGAAAUAUGGACUCGCCGAGGACGAGGACGAGCUGACAGGCCUGACGUGAAAGAGAUGUCUCCUCCAGUUGUGAAGGCUUCUCGGCGCCUUCUCAUGAAUGCAGUGAGGGAAGUUGUGAAUGAAAGUGCACUUCUUGCUACCAAAAAAGAUGCUUUGAAGAAGUCCGAGCCAGCAAAGCGUCUCCAAUCUUUGGUGUUGUCAGAUGCUGAUAUGCAGGGCAACGGUGGAGCUGAAGUUGUCACGACUCAUGGCGAUCCUGCUGUUGAGCCCGAACCAGUCGCUAUGGAGGAUCUUCAUGUUAACGGAAACUAUGAGUUACAAGAGAGACAAACGCAAGACAAACCUGCUUCUGUGUGGGAUCGAAUUAAAUUUAAUCACAGAAGUACACAGAACAAUAAGAAUGGGUUUGCAGAGGGUGAAGAGGGUGUCCAUUUUGAGAAUAGAGAAAAAUGGAAGAAGAAUGGAGCUUCCAGUUAUAGAACAGGAUCUGGAAAAGGAAGAGGUGGUAGGGAACAGAGACAUAGAGGAGGGGCACUACACCCUGGUAGGACAGUGCUUGUGAGCGGGCAAAUACUGGGUGACGCAUUACGAAGAAUCAACACGGCACACAUGCAGAAUUCAGAUAAUCUAUACAAAAGGAAUGGUUCAGCUUCAAAUAAGCUGGGAAGGCAUCGGCCAGGAAAUGAAUCCUCACAAACUGAUGGGAAGGUGAUCGGAGAUGCUCAAACAACCAUCGUUAAUGAGGAUGUUUUGGAAAUGAAGAAGAAAUUAAGGCAAAUACAGCUUGAUAUGACCAAGCUGCGAGCUCGGCAGGCAGAAGUUACUAAGGAGGUGCAGAACUCACCUGCUGCUGGUUUAAGGACGAUGUCUUUUGAAUCUCAACCGAGCCAAGAAGACAUCAAUUCUCGGUCUAUAUUUGUCACCAACGUCCAUUUUGCUGCCACACAAGCAGCCUUACGAGCUCACUUUGGCGGGUGUGGAAUCAUAAAUCGAGUAACGCUGUUGGCAGAGCCGGCUACUGGCAAGCCGAAGGGAUCUGCUUUUGUGGAAUUUGCCACAAAAGAUGCAGUGGAAAUUGCUCUAACUCUGAGCGAGUCAUCGCUACUCUCUCGUAAUGUCAAGGUCAUGCGUAAGAAUUCUGCUAUUGCAGAAAUGAACCCAGUUUCAGCUAUUUCCAGUUCGUUUUCUCAGCCAACAUUUUCAAGUGGCUAUCCAAGAGAGCAUACGCCACAGCAUAAACUAUAUCCUGCGAGGCGAUCAAUUGGUCCGUCUAUGCUUCAAACGGGAACGUCAAAUUUGAAGUGGAGACGUGAUGCAUCAGCAGCAACCAAUAUAAUUCCGAGUGAUGUUGCUUCUUCUACAGAUAUGGAUAUGAUAAUCACUGCUCCUGUACGAUCGUCGCGAUCUCUGUCUUAUGUUCGAGUUGCCCCUCCUGCCAUACCAGGUGUUGCUGAUCAGGCGCAUAAGUCAUAAUUUUUGUGACCCUCUUUUUGGCAAGUAGAAUACAAAGGCGACAGGAUCCUUGGUUUUAAGAUUUGAUCUCAUCAAGAUUCUAGUUAACUUGGAAAAAUUGUAAAGAUUUCGCUCGAAGUGGCUUGACUAAGUUGAUAAUCGCAAAGCUAUAUACUUGUAGGAGUAGGUAAAUUUUUUUCUGACCUUCAUAUCUCCUUUUUGAGGCUAGCGCCCCGUCCAAGGUAUUUGCUGCAUGCAACUUUGGAUGUUGUCUUAUACCUGGAGCUUGUAUUUUGAGAUCAGUAGUCAAUGGAAAAAAAUCAGGUGUGUCAACAAUUGAAGGACAGGGAAUGAAAUAUCUGAGCAUGAACAACCGAUCCAACGUC